AUGGAGCCAGCGUUGCGAAGAGCAGCAUCCAGCGUUUGUGGACAGUGUUCCGCAAUGCUGAGGAGGCAAUUGAAUGCCAAUGGGCUCUCCAGAGCCUCCCCUCGAAUCGCGUCAGCCCACUCGAUCCGAAGCCUCCAUUCCACUGUUACCCGGAAGUCAAAGGCAAACAAUGCACCUGCGAGACAGUUCUCUUCGACGCCAAAAGCAUCGCAGGAAGCGGCUGCUGUCAAGUUCAAUGCCAAAGAAACCCAGACAGCUCCUAAACUUCGACCGGACGAUCUAUUCCACUCCUUCACGAACUCGCCCAUCCCAGAGAUCCGCCGCCGUGCGGCUUUCAUGAGGCAACAUGCGUAUUGCCCUCACCCAGAGCACCGCGCCACUCGAGUUCCUACCGUCGCGCCUCACGGAGAGGAGACUCAGUCGUCAACGGGCCAGCUUGCGCCAGCGCACGUCGAUUUCGAAUGCCCCGAUUGCGGAGUCCCCGUCUACUGCAGCAAGGAACACUGGAUGGAUGACUACGAGGCUCACCUUGAGAUCUGUGACACUUUGAAGGAGAUCAACGAAGAUGACCACGACCUUCGAUCUGGCCGCGCGUUCCCCGAGUUCGUCAUGGCGGAUGAUCAGAUGCCUGAGGCUGUCGUUAACAUGACGAACUGGGAUACUUUCAUGUACAGCCGCGAGUUCGAGGCCGUAAAUGACGAGCGCAGCAUGCGUCAGGUUACGAAGAUGCUCACAUACCCCAUCACUAUUGGCAGCGUUCUCCACGAGCUGAGCCCCUACAGCAUUAAGAAAGGAGAGAGGUUGACGAGCGAGGGCUUGAAGAGUUUGAGUGCUUUACGGUAUACCCUUCACCCUCCCCUAUCCGGAAAGGGUACAACUAUGAAGGAUCUCCGUCCUGAGGCUCCUCCUGUACGGAUCUUCUGCCUGGGUGCUCGUGCCGAAUCGUCGCUGCCCAGAAACGUCUGGCUCCAGCUCGCGCAUCUGUUCCCCGAGAGCAGGGUUCACCUCAUCUUUAUCGGCCCGGAGAGCAUGGCGAACCGCGAUGACGAGUUCCCGUUGCCACCGCGAACUCCCGAGAACCCCUUCGGUAUGGUGGUCGAAGACCGGAUAUCGCACAAGAUGAAGAUCAGCACCAUCGUGGACUACUACCACACCAUCCACAAGACCGGGUACUUUGCGCCGUACGACCCGUACUUUGACUGUUUCUGUCUUUUCCACCCCGGUUUGGGUCAUCCUGCAAGCAGCCACGAGUGGACGGAGACGCUCCCUCUGCUCUUGGAGACGAAACUCCCCAUUAUUGCCACAGGCUAUACCCAGUUCGACAUGGAGCGGGACAUUGAAUGGGUUCGCAAGACGGCCGCCGGCGAGUUCGAUGUGCUGCUGGAGCCCGGCGAAAACCUCUUCCGCAGCUUGAGGUGGGACAUGAACGAUCUGGAUCCUCAGGAUGUCAGUUGUGGGAACUGGGGAGUAUGGGCGUUCCGUGGAAAGAGGUACGCAAUGCAAAUAUGA